CGACCCUUCUCUAACCUACGGCUGUUCACUCCGAUCUCUCAAUUAAGCAUCAUUUCAACCAAAAUUCUCUCUUACCUACGACGCAAACUGGAAAAGCGCCCGGAUAGCGACGUCCCCAAGCGCAUCGCGACUGAGAUGUCCUGGGACACGGGUAACCCAGCCUCGGGCAAGGUCGGGCUUCAAAAUGGAGUAAAUUUCCCUGGCCUUCAGAAAAUUCUCAAACUCCUUGCAGUCCUCGUGGCUGCUUCUAUUUCCAUCGGCCUCUGGUUUACCUUUGCACGGCUCACUCCACCUUCUGUCAUUCCCACUGGCUCUCUUGCUCAUGAUGGCUCUGAUGCUCCUGGAAGCUCACCUCUUUCGGAGAGACCUGAUGCUUCAGAAAACCCUCCAGUCGACGAAAGCCCUGUCAUUCCGGAAAGCACUCCUAUCCCGGAAGGCGAGUCGAAGCCAGCUAUUCCACCACCUAAGCAGUGGGAUGUCAGCGGCUGGCCCAUGCCAGAGGACCCUCCGCGGCCGCUGCGCAACGACCGACGUUUCGUCGUCAUCGUGCCCGCCACAUCACCAAGCGUGGACCUCUGCAAGGUCAUGUUCACCGCUAUGGCUCUUGGCUAUCCGGCCCCCAUCUUGGUCGGAUGGGGGAUGGAUCACCGCACCCUAACAAAAUGGGAUGGUGGCCAAAACAUCAUCAAGGUCCCUGCUGUACUGGGGUAUCUUGACUCGGUCCUGCGUGCUGAUGCACAUCCCAGUGAGAAGUUGGAGGAUGAUGAUAUUGUGCUUAUCGUUGACGCCUUUGAUGUGUGGUUCCAGCUACCCCCAGAGGUUCUAUUACAGCGGUAUCACAAUAUCAACGAAAACGCAAAUGCCAGACUGCGUGAGCAGUGGCAGGGACCAGGACCUGUGCCCAUGUAUCAGACCGUUGUGGCUGGGAGUGAGAAAAACUGCUGGCCUAGGCCUUGGAUUGAUGGCAACAAUCUACAGUGCCCUUACCUUCCUGAUAGCCCGAUCAGGGAAGACCUCUAUGGCCCAGAGACUGAUAAAAACCAGACAAUUAGCCAUGACCUACGGCCUCGGUACAUCAAUGGAGGUGUUUACAUGGGGGAGGCAGGCGACAUGAGACGUUUGUUCCGCCGUGGUACAGGCACAAUGAUGGAAAAGAUUGAUAAGGGCAUGCAUAUAAUGAGCGAGCAGGGCAUUACCGGUCAAGUGUUUGGCGAGCAAGAAGUCUGGCGACAGUGGCGAAGAGAAAAUCCUGCACCUAUGAGUGCGGCCCUGGCUCUGGUUGAACGGGACUUCGAAUACCACAUUGGGCUGGAUUACUAUCAAGUCAUUACUGUGCAAACGCAGAAUGGGAAGGAUGAUGGAAGGAUUCUUACAUUGAACAACCAAACCGCCAUCGACGAAUAUUCCCAAGAUCUGGGCAUACAGCCUGUGCGACUACAAGGUGUGCCGGACGAUAUCCGGACCGCGCGAAACCCACUGGAAGGCCUCGUUGAUAAACCGGACUGGGGAGAGAUGCCACUAUACGCCGACUUCUUCACAGAAUCUGUGCCCGUCAUACUGCACCACAAUGGCAUAGCCGAGGGGCAAAAGGCACGGCGCUGGGACUGGUGGCACAUGCCAUGGUUUUUCAAGCACCUGCGGCAGCUCCUUCAACGUCGCUUGAUGCCAGGUGAGCCGGCUGUGUUGGCCACGGUACAGACUGAGAACGGUCCCAUCACCUACCGACCGCUAGAUGCUGAGACGUUGGGGAAAAAGCCGCGAUGGAUGAAGAGCUCUGUCUUCGAGCGUAUGGAGGAAGUUGAGUUUGAUGCAAUCUGUGGCGCGCCAAAUGAGCUUUGGUGGGAUGAGAUAUUCCGUGACGGCCAGGGACCUUUGGUUUAGAUGUAAUAUAGAGGUUAUGAAUAUGAGCUUGAGACUUAUGGCGUUGGUAGAGAAAGAGGGAGAUAGAAAUUAGGCGUCAAAUUCAAGGUACAAUUAAUUCA